CCUCUUCAAAACCAGAAUGUUCCCUGUCUUCUGAUCCUCUUGGGCUGAAUGCCAUCUGUGAGCUCUUCCUCAGGAGCCGGAGGACGCCUGCUACCAGCCAUGUGCCCCUGCUGCAGCUGGAGAGAUUUAUGCAAGUAUGAGACAGCCAAGGUCAUCCGCAUGCAAAGCAUGACCUAUGGAACUAUAAGAUGGACCCUCUGUCUGAUAGUCUUCCUCUAUGUUUGCUUGGUCCUGGUGAGUGACAAACUGUAUCAGCGGAAAGAACCCCUCAUCAGCUCAGUGCAAACCAAAGUGAAAGGCAUAGCAGAGGUGAAGGAUGGGAAUGCCAAGACGAGAGUGUUGGACACAGCUGAUUACACAUUUCCUUUGCAGGGAAACUCAUUCUUUGUGAUGACUAACUUCAUAUCUACAGAAGGCCAGACACAAGAACUUUGCCCCGAGUACCCUACCCGCAGGACUCUCUGUUCCACUGACCGGGGGUGUAAAAAAGGGAAGAAGGACCCACUGAGCAAAGGAAUUCAGACGGGAAAAUGCGUGCAGUACAAUGCAACUUACAAGACCUGUGAGGUCUCUGCCUGGUGCCCCGUAGAACCAGAAAGAGAUGCUCCUCGGCCAGCUCUCCUAAUUAGUGCAGAAAACUUCACUUUGCUCAUAAAGAACAACAUUGAUUUCCCAGGCCACAAUUAUACCACAAGAAACAUUCUACCAGGAAUCAAUAUUACUUGUACAUUUCAUAAGACUAAGAAUCCUCAGUGUCCAAUCUUCCGGCUAGGAGAUAUCUUCCAAGAAGUAGGGGAAAAUUUUUCUGAUGUGGCUGUGCAGGGUGGAAUCAUGGGCAUUGAGAUCUACUGGCACUGCAACUUAGACCCAUGGUUCCAUUCCUGCCGUCCAAAGUAUAGUUUCCGUCGUCUUGAUGACAGGACCGCCAUCGAGUCUUUAUAUCCUGGCUAUAACUUCAGAUUUGCCAGAUAUUAUAUGGAAGGAAAUAUAGAAAAACGAAAUCUGAUCAAAGCUUUUGGAAUCCGCUUUGACAUUCUGGUCUUUGGCACAGGAGGAAAAUUUGACUUUAUCCAAAUGGUCGUGUAUAUCGGCUCAACUCUCUCCUAUUUUGGUUUGGCCACAGUGUUCAUCGAUUUUCUCAUUGAUACAUAUUCAAGCACCUGUUGCCGAUCUCAUGUUUAUCGAUGCUGUCCAGUCUGUGAGCCCUGUGGGGUCAACGAGUACUACUACAGGAAGAAGUGUGAGACUAUUGAGGAGCCCAAACCGACUCUAAAGUAUGUGUCCUUUGUGGAUGAGCCCAACAUUCAGAUGGUGGACAAACAGUUGUUGGGGAAAAGUUUGCAAGAAGUGAAAGGUGAAGAGGUUCCAAGACCCCGAAGAGAUUUCACAGACUUGGCUAAGCUGUCCCCACCACCACAUCCUGAUGCCAGCCUCAGUCCUGUAUCUGCAGAAGAAAUGCAGCUUCUUAAAGAAGAGCCAAGUCGUUCAUCCCAGGCAAAGCCCAAGUGGUGCCGCUGCGGACACUGCCGCCCAUCCCAACUCCCAGAAAGCAGGAAGUUCAUAGAGGAACUCUGCUGUCGGAGGGAGCAGGGUCCCUGCAUCACCACCUCAGCCCUAUUUGAGGAGCUGGUCCUCUCCAGGUCCACACUGCGCUUCAUUUUGCUCUACCAAGAGCCCUUGCUGGAGCUGGAUGCAGAUGCCCUGAACAACCAGCUCCGUCACUGUGCCUACAAGCGCUACAUCGAUUGGCGCUUUGGCUCUGAGGACAUGGCCAGCUUCUCCAUCCUACCCAGUUGCUGCCGGUGGAAGAUCCGUGAUCAUUUUCCCAAGCAGAAUGGGAAGUACACUGGUUUCAAGAACCCUGCCCCAUACACAUAUUUGGAGCCCCAGAGCCACUAAAAUUGGCUCCUUUCAUCUUUAACCUUCUUUAACUUCUGGGAGGAAGAGAUCUGAGAGGUCCAGUCUUGGGGUAUGGAUACUGCCUUUCUUGCCUUGAAGCUCUGCAGGUAUAGGGAGGAAGCAGCCUGGCCUAGGAGAAAGAACUCUGGUUUGAAAGUUCGAGAUCCCUCUAGAAAGGUGACUGACUCCCCAUGGCCAAGGCACUUAGAUUUAGUGCCUCAGUUUCCUCAUCUGGGAAAUUAUAACGAAGACCUGCCCUGCCAAUCCAAAGAGACCUUUUGAGGAUAAAAUAAGACUCUAUAAAUGAAAAUGUUUGGGGAAAGGUUAAAUGUGCCCCAAAGGUGAACACUUUUCUUUUUAUUAUGUACGAAUAAUAGUGGUAACCAGCACAGAGUGUGAAAGAUGUAAGUCUAAAGAGCUCAUAGAGUUAGAAACUGUCCUUUGAUUCCAUCUCCAGAAUGAAUGGAGGGAGAAACACUUACUGUGUGCUAAGUGCUAGGGAUACAAAUACCAGGGAAAAAAAGAUGGCUCUUGAGGAACUUACAUUCUAAUUAGGAAGACAACACAAAUCGGGAGCAGGAAGGGGAGGGGUAUGCACAUGCUGUGGCAUGGGAUGGAAAUGGACAGGCAGUAAGUAGCCCGGCUCCAGGCAAAAUCAGGCAAAAGUUCCCCUGAGCCCAGAAUUCCACAGGCAGAAUCUAAGUUUGAUAGAAUGGUGAUGAAGAGGAUGGUCAGGAGGCAUCAUUUGGAAAUGAGCAGGAAGUAACCAUCUCUCCUCUCCCAUAGUCACCCCACCUCCUUUAGACCCUCAUCACCACUUCCCUGGACUACACCGAUAGCCUCUCCAUUGGUCUCCCUGCCUCCAGUCUCCACUCCAAUCUAUCUAUACAUUUGACAAUUUGAGAUUCUUAAAGUAUGGCUCUGAUCUUGUCAUUUCCCUCUAGGACAGUGGUUUCCAUUAUUUUUUUGUUCCAUGCACCCCUUUUUUUAUAAAAAAAACAAAAAUGGGUUGAGAGCCCCCAAAGUAAUUUAAUAUACUACUCAUAAUAUUCUUACAAUUACUUACAGCUUAAGUCAUAGACUAUCAUCAUGAACUCCCAAAGUGUUCUCCAACCAUUCCAUGGGAACCACUUCUGUGUCUGUCUGUCCGUCUCUCUCUGUGUCUGUCUGUCUGUCUGUCUGUCUCUCUCUCUCUCAGAGCAAUCAAGGUAAAGUGACUUGCCCAGGGUGACACAACUAGUGAGAGUCUGAGGUGAUAUUUGAACUCAGGUCCUCCAGACUCCAUGGCUGGUGCUCUAUCUCCUGUACCACCUAGCUGCCCCAAAACUUAACUUCUCAUUACUCUCAUCUGCUCUCACAUUCCAGCCAUACUGAGCUUCUUGCUGUUCUGAAGAAGCCACUCUGUCUUCUAUCUUUGGACAGGCUGUCCCUAACAUGUAGGAUGCUUUCUCUGCCUCUUGUAGCACCUUAGAUUUCUUCAAGAUUUAAUCCAGAUGUCACCUCCUCAAGGAGACCUCUCUUGAUAAUAGCCCCAUGCACCCUCAGUUGUUAGUCCUCACCCACUAAUAUGACUUUGUAUAUGUUUAGUCUUACAUCGCCAUAUGCAUAUUGUUUCCUUCAGUAGACUAUAACCUUCUUGAGGGCAGGGACAGUUUUCAUGUUUGUCCUUGCAUCCCCAGUGCCUAGAAGAGCACCACGUGCUUAAUAAAUGCUACUUGAAUUGUUGAAUCAAAUCAAAUUGAAAGGGAU